AUUAUUUCUGAGGGGGUGAGUAAUGGGAGACAGGGACAGCAAGCUCCACCAGUCCAGGAAACCUCAGUUCAGUGUUCUGGUAAACUCCCAAUCUAACUUAACUGACCAACCCUCAAAGACCAGAGAAGAAAGUGUGGAGGCCAUGGUGCGUGUGUGCGUGUGCGUGUGCAUGUGUGUGUGUACAUGUGCGUGCAUGCAUGUGUGUGUGCAUGCAUUCACAUGCAUGCUUGAGCGAAGAACUGCUGUUCAUUAGGUAAAGAAAUGAGAUUAGGGACCCCUGAGGAAAAAGGAAGGGAAACAGCAGGGCACCUCAAAGAACGGGAAAUCCAAUUAGACACAUGCAUCCCUGGGCCAACCCCUUGUCCUCUCCCUGGUCAAUAGAUAAGGGAGUGUCUAGCUGUUUCCUAGUCUGACAGGCAGUCAUCAUCUCCAUCAGAGCUUUUAUCUCCCUGGAAGCUGCUGGGCCAGAGGGAACCAAAAGCAUCUAAAAGGAUGUACAUCAAAGGGAUUCAGCCAUUCUCACUCCUGCUCCUCCCUCAGAGCCUCAUGAAGUUCCUGGCUUUCCUGAGUCUGUUGACCCUGGUGCUGCAGGAGGCAGGGACAGCCUCUCUCCUAGGGGAGAGGGAAAGAGAAGAGCAGAGCCCCGAGGAAGGUGACACGUCCCUGCAUGUGGAGAACUAUACCCUGAGCCUAGAGGACUACAGUGAAGUCAUUGACCUGAGCAGCUAUGAGGAGUUUGCAGACUAUGGGGACCAGAUCCCUGAGGCUACAAUAAGCAGUCCGACUCUUCCAACAAGAGGUAGCCCCACCAGCACUGUGGCUCCAAGGACAUUGUCAUCACAACUCACAACGGCAGGACCUACCACCACUGGCCUACUGAACUCCCAGAGCAGCCAUGGCCUGCCUACCUGCCUGGUCUGUGUGUGCCUUGGCUCUUCUGUGUACUGUGAUGAUGCAGACCUGGAGAACAUUCCUCCUCUUCCCCAGAUGACCACCUACCUGUAUGCUCGCUUCAACCACAUCAGCCUCAUCCAGGCUGGAGACUUCAAAGGGCUGACAAAACUGAGAAGGCUCGACCUCUCCGGCAACUCCAUCUCCUCCAUCCACAACGAUGCCCUCCACCUGCUGCCUGCCCUGCAGGAUCUGAUCCUUUCAGAGAACCAGCUUGCAGCCCUGCCUGUGCUGCCCAGUGGCAUCGAGCUCCUGGACGUCCGCCUGAAUCGCCUGCAGAGCUCUGGGAUACAGCCUGAGGCUUUCAUGGCGCUGGAGAAGCUGCAGUUUCUCUACCUGGCAGACAACCUGCUGGAUUCCAUCCCUGGGCCUUUGCCCCUCAGCCUGCGCUCCCUGCACCUGCAGAAUAACAUGAUCGAGACCAUGGAAAGCGACACUUUCUGUGACACUAGGGAACACAGACAUGAGCGCCGCCGGCAGCUAGAAGACAUCCGCCUGGACGGGAACCCCAUCAAUCUGAGCCUUUUCCCAGAGGCCUACUUUUGCCUGCCACGGCUCCCUGUGGGCCGCUUCACCUAGCUGCCACUGGUCCUCUCUUCCCAGACAGUGCUCAGAGACUCGCCGAGGGAGCACCAUCUCCCUGCACCUAAGAAGUGAUCUGUAGUCCAAGUUCCAGGAAACCUGUGAGCCACAGUUGCAAAAUUUCACAACACACACACACACACACACACACACACACAGAGAGAGAGAGAGAGAGAGAGAGAGAAAGAGAGAGAGAGAGAGAGAGAGAGAGACACUCUUCAGCCACUGAAUUUGUAUUUCUCCCUCUUUCUUACACCUUAUGGUUCCUGACUCAGAGAACAGCAGUGUCCACCAUAGAGAUCUUUUCCAAACUCUCCAUACUCAUCUUCCCACACAGAAUUCCAGGAGAACCAUGAAAGAAAGAGGAGGAAGAGGAGGCGGCAGAGGGACAGAAGCUAGGAUGGAGGGGAGGGGCGGGGGGACGAGUCAUCGGUGUGCUGGAGCCUGGUCUUUCUGACUGGUAGGCUGACGACUCUGAUAAUUACAUUUUCCAGAAUUUUGCAGUUCAGUUAUUAAACACAGCCAUUAUGAAAAAUUAAAUUAUAUAACCUUGCA